UGCAGUGAAUGUGCGAAAUCUUUUACUUCUAGCUCUGCCCUCCAUUAUCAUCAGAGAGUUCACACUGGAGAGAAGACUCAUAAAUGUGGGGAAUGUGGAAAGUCUUUUACCUCUAGCUCUGGCCUGCAUUAUCAUCAGAGAAUUUACACAGGAGAAAGGCCAUAUGAGUGUGCUGAUUGUGGGAAGUAUUUUACCCAAAUAAAUCACCUCAUUAUGUACCAAAGAAUUCACACAGGAAAAAGGCCUUAUGAUGCAAGAGUUCACACUGGAGAAAAGCCUUAUGAAUGUACUGAUUGUGGGAGAUCCUUUAGCCAGAGUUCAUACCUCUCUAAACACCAGAGAAUUCACACUGGAGAAAGGCCUUAUGA